GCACUCGCCUGCUGCAGGGAGAAACAGAGCAUUGCAUCCUGCUGAGGAUCGCGCCACUGGAGCUCGGACAGAUUCUGAACCUUCUCAUCCUAUGUUGUGUGACUGGACCGUCAUCAGGUCUUCCGAUAUCUGAAGAAAAGGUGACCUCCUACCUCUAUGGCUAUGUUAUGUUGCCCUGUAGGUUCUCUUUUGCUGAAGCUUUGACAGGUUUGUCCGUGAUCUGGAAUAAGACGAAAAACGAUAGAAAAUUGAUUCUUUACAAAAUCAUGAAUAGUGAAGAAAAACCUGAGGAGCAGGAUCCACAGUACAGAGGACGUGUAGAAUUAUCCACAGAGUUCCCACAAGGAAACCUACACUUGAUCCUGAGAAAUGUCACGUAUGAAGACGAGGGCACUUACUACUGCCGAGCGGCCAACACCAAGGGUCAUGGGGACAGGAAGGUGACAUUGUCCAUAGACACUCUGAAUGCAGAUGAGCCCACGGUUACACUGGUGACCAUUGGUGAGAAGCGGCGUAUGAAGUGCAGAAGCUCCGGUGUUUACCAUGUUCCUCAGGUCCAGUGGAUCACUGCACAGGGGGAAGAUCUGUCCAGCUAUGGAAGACUCCGUAUCACCGAGCAGAGUAAUGGCUGGCGGCUGGUGGAGUCUGUGCUGGACUAUGAUGUGGAGAGAAACAAACAAGUCUUGUGUCAUAUCCAGGAGGGAAGGUUGAGAAGAUCCACCCGAGCCGUCAUAUCAGAUGGGACGCACCCGGUGUCUGUGGAUAAAAUCUGACUAACGAGUAAGAAGGAGCCCAGAAUGGCAGCCACAGACAUCUCCAAGAAGUCUGAGGAGUCCUCUGUGGCCGGAUGACAGUCACGGCCAUAUUCGCCUGUACGCACGUAAUACCAGUAAUACUAGAAGCGCCCAGCUGUCCCGCGGAGCUUACAAUCUACUGCCUGCCUGUUUUCUGCAUAUGGAAAUGGAGGAAACUGAAGGGACCUGAUGUGGCACAGUCCACACAGGAGAAGCGUGUCAGCGGCAGAAUCUCCUCUUCCAUCUCACAAUCUCAAAAUAUUUUACGGACAUGAACCCCUUCCCCCUUUUUUAGAGCCCCAAAAACUCUUUUGACAUAAAGGCCUUGAAUCACAAAGAUCCCAAAAUGAGAAGGAUAUCUGUGUGUGGCAACCUGUGGAAGCAGCCCUAUUCUCACCGGAUACAUCCGCUCGGUAAAUAUACCGCUAUAAUCGUGCACCGCACGUACUGACCUCAUCGCUGCUGCCAUGGAAACAACGCCUGGGCUCAACAGGUGAAUAUUGUUUAGAACACCUGGACAGUCCCUUUUUUUACCAACAGGUCAGUGUGUACGGGGGCCGGAAGAGACCCCGCGGGUGCAAUAUGCAGAACCGCGCCCGAUUCGUGACCAGCUCCUGUGCUUGUGUCUGCGUGGAUGGGAGCUGGACAUUAAAACAAUUCUGGUCACUUGCAACCACCAUUAGGGGGUGCUGUGUCCGUACAGCAGCACUGACUGUUCACUGUGCUCACAUAGUCCUACAGGAGAGGGGAGCGAGGAGCGAGGACUCCUAACAUGUAUGUCUGUAGACAGGGGGAGAGAUGGAAGCAGGUGGAGAGAGGUAGGCAGGUGCAGCAUGGGGGAGAAAUGUAGGCAAGUGCAGCAUGGGGGGGAGAUGUAGGCAGAUGCAGCAUGGGGGAGAGAUGUAGGCAGAUGCAGCAUGGUGGAGAGAUGUAGGCAAUUGCAGCAUGGUGGAGAGAUGUUGGCAGGUGCAGCAUGGGGGAGAGAUAUAGGCAGAUGCAGCAUGGGGGAGAGAUGUAGGCAGGUGCAGCAUGGGGGAGAGAUGUAGGCAGAUGCAGCAUGGGGGAGAGAUGUAGUCAGAUGCAGCAUGGUGGAGAGAUGUUGGCAGGUGCAGCAUGGGGGAGAGAUAUAGGCAGAUGCAGCAUGGGGGAGAGAUGUAGGCAGGUGCAGCAUAGGGGAGAGAUGUAGGCAGGUGCAGCAUAGGGGAGAGAUGUAGGCAGGUGCAGCAUAGGGGAGAGAUGUAGGCAGGUGCAGCAUAGGGGAGAGAUGUAGGCAGGUGCAGCAUGGGGGAGAGAUGUAGGCAGGUGCAGCAUGUAGGACAGCUAUGUAUAAUACUAAGGCCUGUUUUACACUUGCGUUGUUAAGCAGAGGAUCUCAAAACUGGAAUUAAACAGAUCCGUUUUGAUUUUGCCCAUCAGGAUGCAUCCGUUCUGUUAGGGUGCGGUCGUGUGAGAUCAAAAUGAAACAAACUGGAUCCGUCACUGCAGAACACCAACCUCCCGAACUGGAUACAAAAUAGCACUCCAAACUGGAAUCUCGCGAAUAGCUGCCAGCAGACGAACAGGAAAAGUGUAUCAGUCAGCUUACACUCCUGGCAAUCAGUCU